UUGUAAGAUGUGGCAGGCAUCAACAACUGGGCAGAGGAGCACACCCGGUGUGCGUGUGUGUGUGUGUGUGUGUGUGUGUGUGUGUGUGUGUGUGUGUGUGUGUGUGUGUGUGUGUGUGUGUGUGUGUGUGUGUGUGUGUGUGUGUGUGUGUGUGUGUGUGUGUGUGUGUGUGUGUGUGUGUGUGUGUGUGUGUGUGUGUGUGCGUGUGUGCGUGUGUGCGUGUGUGUGUGUGUGUGUGUGUGGAGGGGGGGCAGUGCUAGUGAGAGAGGCUGUAGUAAUGUGCUGUGGUGAAUGUGAACUCAGCAAACCACCAUGGAACCUUCUAGACUGCUUUACACAACUUCUACCAUAUCCUGUUAAGUGUAGUGGCGGUGGCUGGCUGUGUGUGUGAAUGUCUGUUCCCAUGGCGCAGCGGGAGACAGGCGGCACCAGUCCGGUGGUCCGGCAGAUCGACAAACAGUUCCUGGUCUGCAGCAUCUGUCUAGACCACUACCACAAUCCUAAAGUCCUGCCCUGCCUGCACACCUUCUGUGAGAACUGUUUACAGAACUACAUCCCUGCAGAGUCUCUGACGUUGUCGUGUCCUGUGUGUCGACAGACGUCCAUCCUACCAGAGAAAGGAGUAUCCGCUCUACAGGACAACUUCUUCAUCACUAACCUCAUGGAGGUCCUCCAGAGGGAUCCAGAGUGUUCAAGACUUGAAGCCUGUAGUGUCCUGGAGUCAGUUAAUGCUGCUGCUGCAGGGAAACCCCUCUGUUGCCCCAACCACGAGGGCAAGGUAAUGGAGUUCUACUGCGAGUCGUGUGAGACCGCAAUGUGUCUGGAGUGUACAAAGGGAGAGCACAGAGAGCAUGUGACCGUCCCUCUGAGGGAUGUCCUGGAGCAGCACAAAACACAAUUAAAGACACAGCUAGACGCCAUACGCAAUAGACUGCCCCAGCUAACAGCAGCUAUAGAGCUGGUAGGGGAGAUCUCCAAGCAGCUGACAGACAGGAAGAACGAGGCGGUGACUGAGAUCAGCAGUACCUUCGAGGAGCUGGAGAGGGCGCUACAGCUCAGGAAGACAGCCCUCAUCAAUGACCUAGAGAACAUAUACGGCGCCAAGCAGAAGGUGCUGCAGGCCCAGCUCUCCUCUCUCCUCCAGGGGAAGGACCACAUACAGAGCAGCUGUAAUUUUACUGAACAGGCCCUGAGCCACGGCAGCGCCACAGAGGUACUGAUGGUGCAAAAACAGAUGAGUGAGCGGGUUUCUGCCAUGGCCCGUCACGACUUCCCUGAACAGCCUCACCAGAACGCACACCUGGACUGUCAGGUGGAGACAGAGGGCCUGCGUCGCUCCCUCCAGAACCUGGGCGUCCUCAUUACUACGGCAGCCGUAGGCCACACCUCCGUCGCCACGGGAGAGGGACUACGCCACGCAGCGACCGGACAACAUGUCAGCGUCACCGUGACGACCAAAGACAAGGACGGCGAGCUGGUGCGGACAGGGAACGCGGCGCUGAGGGCCAAUAUCACGCCGGUUGCCGACGGAAGCCGAGUUGUCACGGAACCGGAGGUGACGGACAACAAGAACGGGACGUACGAGGUGGGAUACACGCUACGGUCCGAGGGGGAGUUCUCCUUCGCUUUGUCCCUCUACGGCCAGCCGGUACGCGGCAGUCCCUUCCGGCUGCAGGCGGUCAAGCCCUCGGACGUGCUGCAGUCUCCGGACGACGUGAAGAGGAGGCUGAAGAGUCCUGGCGGGACAGGGGGUCAUGUCAGACAGAAGGCUGUGAGGAGACCCUCCAGCAUGUUCAGCACUAAAAAGAAGGAAAACCCCAUCGAGGAUGAACUCAUCCACAGAGUCGGUACGCGAGGGAGGGAGAAGGGAGAGUUUACCAACCUGCAAGGGAUCUCAGCCUCCAGCAACGGCAGAGUGGUGGUAGCAGACAGUAACAACCAGUGUAUACAGGUGUUCUCCAAUGACGGGCAAUUCAAAAUGAGGUUUGGGGUCAGAGGUCGGUCGCCGGGGCAACUGCAGCGACCCACGGGCGUUACCGUGGAUGUGAACGGUGACAUCAUCGUGGCCGACUACGACAACCGAUGGGUCAGCAUCUUCUCCUCCGAUGGGAAGUUCAAGAAUAAGAUCGGGGCGGGGCGUCUGUUGGGCCCUAAGGGCGUGGCGGUGGACAGGAACGGACACAUCAUCGCCGUGGACAACAAGGCCUGCUGCGUCUUCAUCUUCCAGUCUAACGGGAAGCUGGUCACCAAGUUUGGCGCCAGGGGGACGUCCGAGAGACAGUUUGCAGAAAAAAGUGGUGCACAUUUAAAUAGAUCUGGCCCAGUGUUCAGUCCACACUUUGUUGCGGUGAACAACAAGAAUGAAAUCGUUGUCACAGAUUUCCACAAUCAUUCUGUAAAGGUGUACAGUGCAGACGGUGAGUUCCUGUUUAAGUUUGGUUCCCAUGGCGAGGGGAACGGCCAGUUCAAUGCCCCCACCGGAGUUGCCGUGGACACAAAUGGGAACAUCAUCGUGGCCGACUGGGGCAACAGCCGCAUACAGGUAUUUGACAGCGCUGGUUCCUUCCUGUCAUAUAUCAACACAUCAGCUGACCCUCUUUACGGCCCCCAGGGUCUGACCCUCACCUCUGAUGGACACGUGGCCGUAGCCGAUUCUGGAAACCACUGCUUCAAGAUCUACCGCUACCUACAAUGACAGGGAGAUGGAAGGAUCGGGAGGAUGGAGGGAGAGAGAGACAUGUAGCCAUGGCUGACUCUUCAAAGGUUUGAGGGAUAGAUGGUAGGAGGGGUGGACAGAUGGAGGGACAGAGAGGUGGACACAUGGACCGACAGAACCACUGCUUCAAGGCCUACUGCUUCCUACAGUAGGAUGGAUGGAUGGAUGGAGAGUUGGACAGACCGAAGCACGGUUCUUAUACUACUACCUACAGUAGAGGGACUGCCAGUUGGGACUCUCAACCUGCAGCUUUACCUUGUUCCCCGUAUGCCACUUUCUGCACAUUCCAUUCUGCCAAACUCUCCAGCCAGACAAGGGAAAACUGAACUCUCCUUUAGGAGGCUGGAGUGGAAUGGAAAAUACGACUUUAUCAUAGGUGAAUCAGAUAAAUAUUUGACAACAGGAAAGUUAAUACGUCCAUACUCCAGGAAACAGUGUUAAUAUGUCCAUACUCCAUACCCUGUUUGUGUCUAUUCCAUCAGGGACCACUUUGGAAACAAGUGGAAUCGAUUUAGCGUGUUAUCCCCUUGGGUUGUAGUCAGUCAUCUUUUACCAUUACAUCUAAAGGAGCGUUACAUCUGCCAUUUUGUGCGAUCUAUAACCUUAAAUAGAUGUACAUAAUGUAUAUCUUU